ACUAUUAUGACCAAAGAGCGGCUCGGAAAAUCCGUCCCUUACUAGAAGACGAACAGAAAAUAUUUACGCCUGUCCGUGCAAACGUCAGUUGCAGCCGGAGACUGGACAGCCGCUAACCUCGACUUGCAGGCGAGCCCCCGCGCCUGCCGCACGAUGAGCGUCAGCGCACAGCGCGGCCUGGCCAGCUCGGGGCAGAAGCACAUCGCAGAGAUUCUACACCCGUUGUCCGCCUCUGACGAGCCGCUGUUCCCGGGGCCAGAUGUCAGCGUCACCGCUGGGGGCGAGAAGGAGCCAGGGCUGUCCAAUGGGACGCCAGCCGACACGCCGAGUCCCGCCUCAGCAUCUUCGCUAUUCAACAGGCUGCAACUGGACGACGAUACCGAGUCGGACCCCCGGGAUUACUACGGCUCCGCCGAAACGCGUGAUCUGUUUGUCACGGUGGACGACCCGAAGAAGCACGUCUCGACAAUGGAGACGUAUAUCACCUACAGAGUGUCCACCAAGACUACACGGAUUGAGUUCGACCUUCCGGAAUACUGCGUGCGACGCCGUUAUCAAGACUUUGAUUGGUUGAGGAUCAAGCUGGAGGACAGCCAGCCUACCCACCUGAUUCCUCCUUUGCCGGAGAAGUUUGUAAUGAAGGGCGUGGUGGAUCGUUUUUCUGAAGAGUUUGUCGGAACGCGCAUGAAAGCUCUGGAUAAGUUCCUCAAGAGGGUUGCCGACCAUCCGGUCCUGUCCUUCAACCCACAUCUCAACGCUUUUCUGUCUGCUAAGGACCUGAACAAGCGUCAGGGUCUGGCACUGCUCACCAAGGUGGGCGAAUCGGUGAAGCACGUCGCCGGAGGCUACAAGCUACGAGCGCGGCCGGCCGAAUUCUGUGCCAUGGGAGAGUAUCUGGACACCUUCAGCCAAAAACUGGGCACCAUCGACCGUAUUGCUCAGAGGAUCCUCAAAGAGCAGUCAGAGUACUUGGCUGAGCUGCGCGAGUACGGCUCCGUUUACUCGAGCUGGAUGGGAGCCGAAGAGGAACUACAGCCCCCCCUGGAGGGAGUGGCGAGCUCCGUAUCCACGUGUUGCGGAGCCAUGGAUGACCUGUGCGAAAACAUCGGGCAGGAUUUCCUACCCGUACUCCGAGAGUAUAUGCUCUACAUCGAGUCCAUGAAGAAUGUGUUGAAAAAGCGCGACCAGUGUCAGGCGGAGUACGAGGGACGCCUAGAAGCCGCCAUAUUGCGUAGACAGGAGGACAGAACGCCCAUGCCACCUGAGGUGGAACGCUGCCAAGACAAGGUGGAGUGUUUCAACGCCGACUUGAAAGCCGACUGGGAGCGUUGGCAGAACAACAAGCGGCAGGACUUCAAGCAGCUUCUCGGCGGCACGGCCGACAAAAAUAUCAAUUACUACGAGAAGUGCCAAACAGCGUGGGAGUCGCUCAUAAGCGUCCUGCAGGACAAACAAACUGAAGAGCAAAUGAGCGAGACGGACUGAAGCCCCUCAUCACGUACUUUUUUUCACACCAAGGACCGAGCAGACCAAAUGAAGGACCGCGUUUUCCCGAGUCGACUGUCAAGAUCGGACUUUUCUACAAGCCAGUGCACAAACUGGUCAAAGAGCGACAAUUUUCUCAAUCCAGACUUUAAUUUUCUUGGUGUUGCUUUUUUUUCUACUUCAUAGUAUUUUGUUGCCAAUGCUGCUUAUUUAAUCACACGCUAAGAAGGCGUGCUCUCUCUCAUUCUUUUUACAAUGUGAGGCAAGGGUACUAUUUUAUUUUAUUUUUUUCUUCAGCAAACUGAUUCCCGCCUGAGAUUGUUUUCCAAGGGUUCUCAAAUGUGAUUGUCUUUACGCUUAUGUCAGCUUACUUUGAAAAAUCUAUACUUGCCACGGCGUCUGCGUUUCACAACAUGGCCUUUGAAAUGCUGCGGUAAUAAGCUCAAAACCGAGCGGGUUAGUUAACUGAUCGCUAUCUGGUUAGCAGCCAAGGCUGAGCCCCGUCAGAUCGACCUCACUUUUGAUUAUUUUGGGACUAAAUCACUGUCACUAAUCUGAACAGAUUUUCUAGUUUGUCACCUCAUGGUACUGCAACAAUUUUUUUUCAGUAUUGUAAUCAAAAUCGAUGUUACCUACAGCUUAGAAAUGUGCCUGUUCUUGAGUUUGCUUGUAAUUUCAAGCAAAUGUUUUGCUGUCUAUUUCAGCAGAGGUACAGACUGAAAUUAGCUUUCAAACUGCCUUCACUAAAUGCGGCAGUUGUUUCAUUAAAAUAUUUUUUGAAGUAACAUUUUGUUUUUGUGUAAUUUAUCCCAAAUGUACAGGCGAGGAGUUGUGGAUGGAUCCAUUUAAUGUGAAAAUGUAAGAAGGGAAGUUCUCAAUGAAAAUAUUAAGCUAGUAUACGGAAUGAAUGGACAUAGCUUUUAUUUUUGAUAGAGCUUUAUGUUGAGUUCUUUUGCCUUCUGAUUGCUGCACUAUACACAAAUCCUCCCGUCUAAAAUGAGUUUGAAGUGAAAUGUUGAUUUGACAAAAGUAAUAAUUCUUGUAAUUUUUUUUUUUGGUAACAUUUAUUUCAGGUUGAAAGCCCAAAUGGGGACAAGAUGACAGCUGCCAACAUAUAUUCUGUAAUACUUUUUUGAAUGUCCUGUAAUAAUAUAUAUAUUUUUGCAUUAUUUCCAUCACAGCAAAAAUAUAUUCAACUUUCUGUUAAUUUCUUUUAAAAAGUUAAACACUUAUGUCUGUUGUGUUUAUUGCUCCCUGAUGUUUACAUUUUACGUUCAGUCAAUUCUGGAAACUUGAACAUCUUGUAAUUAGCUAUAAAUAUAAAGUCUGUAUAUUGAUGUUGUUUGAUGCAAUAAUAUUUACCUCAAAUUAUUUUGAGAUAUAUUGGACCAAAAUUAAAAAUAAAUUGAUUUGAUAAUUA